UCUGAAGUCAUUUACACACCAAACAACACCUCAUUCUCAACCAUCCUAAACAUGAAAAUACAUAACAAGAGAUUUGAAACAAAAACAACACCAAAAUCUUUGGCAAUUAUAACUGCAAAAGAUGCUUCUCAUGUCCAAGCAACAAUUAAAUGUGCCAAAAGCAACAAUAUUCAGAUAAGAAUUCGAAGUGGCGGCCACGACUACGAAGGCUUCUCUUACGUAUCAGACAUAUCUUUUGUUAUAAUUGACCUGCUUCACCUCAAUUCAGUUGAUCUCAAUUUACAAGAUGAAACUGCAUGGGUUGAAUCUGGUGCAACAAUCGGUAAGAUUUAUUAUACCAUUGCAAAGAAAAACAAUUCUCUUGCUUUCCCGUCUGGGGUCUGUUCUACACUAGGUGCUGGUGGUCAUUUUUCGGGUGGUGGGUAUGGAAAUUUGAUGAGAAAGUUUGGUCUUUCUGUUGAUAAUAUCAUUGACGCAAAAAUUAUUGAUGUCAAUGGUAAUACUCUUGAUAGAAAAUCAAUGGGAGAAGAUCUGUUUUGGGCUAUUAGGGGUGGUGGUGGUGCUAGUUUUGGUGUUAUUCUUUCAUGGAAACUUAAAUUGGUUCAAAUAACUCCACAAGUUUCAGUUUUCAAUGUGAAAAGAAAUAUGGAUGAAGGUGCAACUGAUGUUGUUUACAAAUGGCAAUUAGUUGCACCAAAAUUGCAUAAAGAUAUUUUUAUUAGAGUGCAACAUAAUGUUGUUAAAAUUAGUGGUAAAAAGAUAGUGCAAGUUAGUUUCAUUGGUCAAUUUUUGGGCACAAUUGAAAGGCUUAUACCUUUGGUGAGUGAGAGUUUCCCUAAAUUGGCUUUGAAGAAAAGUGAUUGCUUUUUAAUGCCUUGGGUAAAUUCCACUCUUUUUUGGUAUGACAAGCCAAUUGGUACUCCUCUUGAAGCAUUGUUGGAUGAACCAAAAUAUCCUCAUCCAAUGUAUCUCAAAGGUGGAUCGGAUUCUGUGAACAAACCUAUUCCAAAAGAAGCUAUAGAAUCGAUAUGGAAAUCGAUGAUUGAAGGUGAGACUUUGUUUAUGCAAUGGAAUCCUGAUGGCGGAAGGAUGGAAGAGAUAUUGCCAUCAGAAACACCAUUUCCCCAUAGAGCAGGAAACUUGUUCUUGAUUCAAUAUCUUAAUAUUUGGAUUGAAGAAUCUUCAAGAGCUAUUGAACGUCAUGUGAAUUUUUCAAGGUCGUUUCAUGAAUUUAUAACACCCUACGUUUCAAAUUCUUCGAGGGAGGCUUUCUUCAAUUAUAGGGAUGCAGAUAUUGAUGCUAAUCAUCCAAGUAAUGUAACAAAAAUCGAUAUUGCUAAAGCAUAUGGAAGUAAGCUUUUUAAAGGAAACUUUGAAAGAUUAAUUAAUGUGAAAGCCAAAGUUGAUCCUAAGAAUUUUUUCAGAUAUGAACAAAGUAUACCAGCUACCAGGUCAUAUGAAAGUCAAAUUUAG